AUGAAGCUUGGCACCGGAUACCCCGACAUUGAUCCCAACACAGCCCCGUGCGUUCAAACUGAAGUGAAUGCUUUUGCCCGCUAUUUUGGCCCUGUUAUUUUCUCCUUGGUGUUUGUGGUGGGGCUGGUAGGCAACAGCUUGGUGCUGGUUAUCCUGGGCCAAAGUCGCCGGUCCUGGCGCUUUGCGGACCACUAUCUCUUUCAGUUGGCUGUGGCCGAUUUCCUCCUUGGCUUAACGCUCCCUUUCCGAGCUGUCCAGUUUACCCAGGGCUGGAAUUUUGGGGAGUUCUUCUGCAAGCUUGUUGGGGGCCUCUCGACCAUGACCACGUACACCAGCAUCUUUCUCCUGACUUACAUCAGUGCUGAGCGCUACUUUGUGAUGGUCCGGGCUAUGCCACCCAACUUCUUCUUGAAGGUUUCUCACAUCUACGUGACUUCGGCCUUUUUCUGGGGCAUUGGCUUGGCAUUCUCCAUAGUGGACCUGCAUUUCCGGACUGCCGCCUACGUCUCACAGGCCAAGGCUGUCGUCUGCCACCUGGGCUUUGAGGCUCAGGAAGCAGGCGCCUGGAAACUGGGGCUGCAGCUGUUCUUCUUCUUUCUGGGUUUCUGGCUGCCCAUCCUAGUGAUGAUCUACUGCUACGGACGGAUUUUUACCAAGCUGCACCAUGCUGGACUCCUGAGCAGACGUUUGCCCCUACGUCUCCUGGUGGCAAUCUGGAUCCUCUUUGUUGUCUGUUGGGGCCCUUUCCAUUGCUUUAUCCUCAUGGACAGUCUUCAGCGUGUGGGUCAUCUGCAGAGGGACUGCAGACAGGAGAAGCUGCUGGAUUUUGGGGUCCUGAUCUCCAGGAGUCUAGGCCUUGCCCAUUGCUGUCUGAACCCACUGGUCUACACUUUUGGAGGAGUCAGGUUCCAGAGGGAAUUGUGCAGGCUGUUCUGUUACAGCCACAGGAGAAGCAGCGGCAGGCAUCAUUCAGGCAGCCAGGAUUGCAGUCAAGCGGCUGAGCAGAGCGCCAUCCAGAACAUGGAUUAUUCCAUCAUGAUGUGA